AUGCACCGACUUGGCUAUAAGUGCCAGCAACUGCGGCGGAUGCGGUCAUGUCCUCAGAUCCCAAUCACUGUGGUUCUUGUCAAGCCGAACCUUGCCUCGGAAUCCGACCAGGCUGCUGCUCUGGCCAAUGCACAGAUCUCAGCGCCGACGUCCUCCACUGCGGCUCCUGCACCGCACAGCCAUGCACCGGUCUCGGAGCCGCCUGCUGCGGUGGCACAUGCACCAACAUCCUCACAGACCCCAAGCGCUGCGGCAGCUGCUCUAACCAAUGCCAAGGUGCCGUCCCAGCAUGUUGCAACGGCGUGUGCACCGAUCUCAGCACCGAUCUCGCUCACUGCGGUAGCUGCACAUCCUUCCCGUGUUUGGGAAGCAGACCGGCAUGUUGCUCUGGGGCCUGUACAGAUCUGGCAACUAGCACUGAUCACUGUGGAUCCUGCUCCACGAAUCCGUGUGUAG